UAUAUUGGACCUUACAAAGCGACGCGUGUGGUAGGCUAAGUAUUAUUAUUAACUUAAGUCAUAAAUGUGAAAUUUUGCUUUUUUUUAAAAAAAGUUUUAUUAUAUUUCAUACUUUAAUUUAUUAAUUUACUUUUCAUUUUGACACUUGUUGUAGGCCGGAUGGGGGUAGUUUAGGCCCAUAAUAUUUCACCACUACUUUAUUAAUUUUUGGUAAUCACUUAUUUUAGCUUCAAUGUAAAUGGAGGAAUCGUUUUGAUGUGGUUUCAUAUAAUAUUCAGUUAUUCAGAAUUCAUAUUUAUAAUAGUUCAUAAAGAAUUAACCAAAUUUAGUUCAAGUCUUUCAAAUUUUCAUAUGAAGCAUCCUCUUUUUGUCAUUUACCCCCCCCCCCCACACACACACACACAUCCACACACAAAAAAAGUAAAGGACUUUAUUACUGUAUUACUGUGUAUGCUAUUACUAUUAUUUAAAUUUAAACAAUUUGUAGAAUUCUAAUUUCCUGUAAUUUUUUUUCCAGUGGAAUGAUGUGAUUUCUGCAUUUCGUCAGUACUUGCCAUGUGGUCGUCAUAGACGAUAUAUGAAGACUUUUGACAAUUGUUUCACUGGAUCAUCUGCUGUUGAUUGGCUUUUGCACUACUUAAAGGGCAAUAAAAAUUUCAAUGAGGAUGUCUCAAGGCAGGUUUUUUUGUUUUGUUUCUAUGUUAACUCCACUCAGUCAAGUCAAAUAAUAGUUUACCAGAUGGACUGUUAAGAUAAAGCAUUGGAUUUGAUUUAUUUUCCUUCUAAUAUAGUCCUUUUAUCCGCUUUUCAACCACUUAAAUCAGUAAUAUGACUAACAAAUAGUUGCAUCUCAUGAGAGUGAUUCUGACAGUAAUUUUUUGCUGAAGAAGGCAUUGUUUUGAAAAGUCAAAUUUCCAGCUUUUUCUGUAUGUUUCAUAUCCUUAUUAUUAACAGUUUGGUAGCUAUGCUACCCAUUAUCUCUUUCCUACUUUCAUAAUAUCUAAUACUAGAUGUAGCCUGCCAAACAUUGGCGACAGCAAUGCGUGAACUUCCCAUCUACUAAAGUUACUUGACAAAAACGUGAACUCAAGUUACGCACAUUUAAGAAUGCCAAUUUUGCUACACCCCUUCCCCCCACCCCUUUUCAUAAUACGUCACACUUUUUAUUUCCGGCCAACCCACGGCUUAGCAUACUCCGCGAGCCGGCUGGCAAGCGAGGGUGGUGCAGGAGGGGGGACGGUAGCUCCACCACAGUGCGCUUAUCUCGAGACCAACGAUGGGCAGGCAAGGGAGGGUAGGGUUUGCCUGCGUCUUGCUUGCUCUGGCGUAUCUAUUUAUAGCCUGCAUGGUCAUCUUGGUCUUGUUGUGCCCUAGUUUCUGGUGAAUUAUACAUAAAGAUAUUUUAUGAAUAUUAUGCUACUCAUUUUGGUUCUGUCAGUUUUGCUUAAUUAUUUUAGUAUGAUUCAUAACUUUUUAGGUUUUUUACAACUUAUAAAUAAUUUUGAACACUUUUUCAUAAAUCCAGAGAAAAGGCCCUAUCUUUGCUCAACAAAUUGUAUAAAGCUGGCAUUUUUGAUGAAGUAAAAGUCACUAAAAAUAUGCGACACAAGCAAGAUGUUCAAGAAAACAGACUUUAUAAGUAAUUUUAUCCUGAUUUAUUUUUUAUAAACAUUUUACUAUGAAUCUAAAGAUCAGUUUUUACUUUAACCCAAUGAAUAAGAAAGAAUAUUUUAUUAGCCCACAUUGUGAAGAGAUAGACUUUAAUAAAAAUUAUAAAUUAAUUUUUUUCAGUUGGCUGAAUAGCUACUAAUGCUGUUGCUAAUUUUCAUUUAUCAGAUUUCUCCCUGCUUCACCAUCCAAGAUGAAAAUCUUUCGUCUCCCACUUGCUCCAAGGAAUGAUGCUGAUGUCAACAGAUUUACACCAAAAGACAAGUUAUCAUUUCAUCAGAAACAUGAUAAACAAGAGCCUUUGAAAACUUCUUUAGUCAGUAAUGCCCCUGAACAAAAUAAACAGUCUAAACUUACCAGGAAAUUAUCCAUUUUGAAGAAAGAAAAGGUGCCCAAGAAUCGAGAAGAAGAACAAUCAGAGACAUAUCCCGCUUGUCGUCUAAUUAGUAGGGUUCUGACAACUAGAGAGAUUAAAGAAACAUGGAAGACAGUUUUUAUCAAGCGGUAAUCUCUUUCACUAAUUCUUUUGGAGUCUCGAAGAAGAGAAGAAAGUUCUUUCUGUCCAUAUAAUUCUAAACUUUUAUUUUUAUUAAGUUUAAGAUUUAGAAAAGAAAAAUCGGCAUAUUAUUUUAAAGUAAUGCUAAAUAAACAUAGCAAAAUCAAAUAUUAUAUUAAUUACACUAAUUUCUUAACUUGUUACUAGAGCAUAUUAAGGAACCGUGAAAACUAGAUUCUUAUUAAGUAUUUCAUCAAAUGUUUUUAAGUUAAUUGCAAAUUUUUAUUGUGUUUCUAAUAUGGUGUUAUUCAAAUAUAUUUUUUUUAAAUUUCAAAUACUCUUUUAUCAAGCAGUCACUUUAUUUAGUUGCUGUUAUUUGCAGAAUUCUACUAUUUUUUUUAGACUGAAGAAAACUCUUGGUGUCAGCAGACUUGGAGAUAUUAUAAGCUUAGAAGAUAUUGAUGGCUACAAUGUCAUGCAUAAUUGUAUCUACCUCAACAAGAGUGGUAUUGUGACAAACAUUGAUAGUAAAGAUCAGCUACCACAGUGGGUGAUGUCAGCCAUGAGGUGUUUGGCUCGCUGUAAGUCUAAGUUUGUAGAAGCUGAGCUUUUUAGUAGGCCCUAGAAAAAUAUUUAUUUAUCUUCUGUAAAGCAUGUAAUCUGUGCAAGAAACGCAAAACAUCAGAUGUUUUAUUAUUUUUAACAGGGCCAGAACCACCAGAACCAGGUCUACCAAGCUAUCCAGGCUUUGAGAAAGAUGUGUUUGGUGUGGUCAAGGAUUAUUUCCUUGGUCUGGAAGAACCUCUAAUUCCCUUCAAUUUAUAUGAUGUCAUCACAAAUGUUUUUGGU